AUGGGUCAGCUGGACUCCCUGCCUCGAGAACUUGUAUACCUGAUACUCGAAUACUGCCAAUUUGAUGAUUGCAAGAACUUGCGAGCGACCUGCAAAUAUCUCAGUGGUCUCACCAAUCCACGAAUAUUCCGAACUUAUCGCAUUGCUUUCUUCCAAUCGCACCUCGACAGAUUUGUGGAGUUGUCAUCGAAACCAGAAAUCGCAAGAUGCAUCAAGCGUCUAGUCUUUGUGGGCGAUGUGAUACCACAGAUUGACUGGGUAGGCACAUUUGAGGGUCUGAUCGAUAUGCGUGAACCUUGGUCGUCUUAUUCGAAGAAUUAUAUCGAGGAGCGCAUAUCUGAGGACACAUCACGUACGGAAAGUCGGCUGUCCUCGGAUGACGAGUACGACUAUCGCAUGCGGAUCUUGACUGAAAGGCAGGAUCUACGUCAGGCGGCGUACAAGGAGUAUGACAAUAUGCCCAAGCACACUCUCGGUCCCGAACAAGUACAAUACCACUUCAACCAGUAUCAGGAGUAUCGGCAGCAACAGCUCGAUUGGGGCCCCAAUGGUUUGUUUCUAGACGCCUUGUCACGUCUUCCGAAUCUUGUCUCCGCUGAGAAUGCGAAGCACGGAUUCGCUGACAAUCAUCUUCAUUUUCCUUGGAGUAGGAUCGAGAAGGACAUCGUCAUUAACCCCAACAAUUGGAUGCAACUUCACGCUGUUGAGGUCGAUGACGAGGAAGAAGUACAGGUUGUGGAUGUGCUCAAGUAUCCCAUUCAUAUGAAGCACGCGGAUUGUCUUCUGGCUGCGGUCAAGCACCGGGCGACAACCACAAAUGGGUCACCUCUCGGAAACUUGCGUCUUGUCAACGUGGGCGGACAACCAUUCCUCGACAUGAGCGAGCAUUAUGCUCUGCCGAGUGAGCCAAACUCUAGUCCAAUCAUACACGAAACGAGAGACACACUGCCUCAAAGGAUUAUCGACGACAAUAUCCAGGGCCUUUCGCAUCUCGAAAGUCUAGAGUUGGAUGUUAGCUACUGUGUACCCUCAACCUCCAGACUCACUGGCGUCACGCAGACAUGGCAAACUAAGCAACUCUUCCAAGAGAUUCACGCAAUCCUGAUAGCAGCAACGAAGACCUUGAAGGUUCUGAAGCUCCAUUGUCGUGACGAUGAAGGCAGCUGGGCUCUAGAAGAACAUCCCAUGGAUGCUGGAGACGACACGAUAGGCCGUCUGGAAAUCCCCACGUUGCCACACUUGGAGUUUUUACGUCUGAGUUGUACCGCGACUGAACGCAGUUUGACCAACUUCCUGCGGACGCAAUCGAAAACAUUGCGCAGUCUUGAGAUUGUGGAUUGUGACAUGAGCGCCGGCAGUUGGAACUCAGUCUUGCGUCAGGUACCAGAAAUUUUCGAAGCCGGUCUGCAACGCAUAUACCUGGAAGGACUGCACGACGAAGACUACCCGAGAGACUCGGGAGACGAAGCUUUGUUUGAAGACGGCUUGGAUGUCGGGCAAGGUGCACACCCUCAUGAUCGUGCGAUUCUCAGGUACCUGCUUCAUGGUGGGGAGAUGCCGGAGCUGGACUUCAACUCUUGGUAUGAGCGUAAUCGCGAGCUUGCUGAUCGAGGUAUCACCGAGUGGGAAGAUGAGCUCCUCGAUUCAGAAAUACCGUAG